UGCAGGUGAGUGCUUGAUGUUGUUUUCUUGCAGCGGGUCAAACCGUCAGGGUUACGGUUCCUCCGGUGACUGAUCCUCCGGUACUUUACCGGGACCUGGAUGCGUGCAGUCUAACACUCCUCUGUAUCCGUGAACCGGACCUCAGUCUCGGUGUCCUCAUGGCCUCCAGGCGGCCGGACAGCUUCGACGGGCUCGGUUACCGGGGCCGCGAUGACCCGCUGUACGGAGCGGGAUACCCGGUGAGGAGCGCCGGAGCCCCCGCGGAACCGCAGCUCCACCACUGGGUCACCACGCCACCGGACAUCCCCGGCAGCCGCAACCUGUACGGAGCAGACCGGACACCGCUGCACGACGAGCCGCCGGAGCCCGGAGCUCCCGCAGCCGGCUGGGACGCUCCGCAGCCCGGCGUGCCGCCCGCAGAGCAGCUGAAUCGAUUCGCUGGUUUUGGGAUCGGACUCGUCAGUCUCUUCACAGAAAACGUGUUGGCUCAUCCCUGCAUCGUGUUUCGCAGACAGUGUCAGGUGAAUUACCACGCUCGCUGUUACCACCUGACUCCGUUCAGCGCCGUCGCCGUCAUGUACUCCAUCACCAAGGCUCAGGGUGUGAAGGCUCUGUGGAAGGGGAUGGGCAGCACUUUCAUCGUCCACGGCGUCACACUGGGAGCUGAGGGCAUCAUCAGCGAGUUCACACCGUUACCACGGGAGCUCCCUCACAGGUGGGGCUGGAAGCAGCUGGCGGGACACCUGCUUCUCAAAGGGUUAACAGCUGUGGUCGCUCUGCCGUUUUACUGCGCCAGCCUCAUCGAGACCGUGCAGAGUGAGAUCGUGCGUGAUGAUUCGUCAGCGGGUCUGCUGGACUGUGUGAGGGAGGGGCUGACCCGGCUGUUGGGGGUCGGUGCUCCUCACAGCCACCGCCUGCUGCCGCUCAGCUACAUGCUACUUCCUGCCGCGCUGCACGCCGUGCUGCGCUACGCCAUCUCUGCCUCCGUCCAGCGGGUGGCGCUGUGGCUGCACCAGAGGGGCAGGAAGCAGCGCAGCGACCCCGCCAACCCGCUGGACGCUUACUUCCCCGAGCUGGCGGCGGCGUGGGCGGGGUCUCUGGUGGCCGACGUGGUCCUGUUCCCGCUGGAGACGGCGCUGCACCGGCUCGGCCUGCAGGGGACGCGCACCAUCAUCGACGCCACGGACGGAGCCGUCGCCGCGGGUAACGGCGGCAGCCCGCUGGUGCUGCCCGUCAACACGCAGUACGACGGCUUCGCCGACUGUCUCCACGCCAUCCGGCGUAAGGAGGGGGGGGCGGGCUUCUACCGCGGCUUCGGGGCGCUGGUGGCGCAGUACGCGCUGCACGGAGCGCUGCUCGCUGCCGCCAGGACACUGCUGAGGCUGCUGCUGCUGGAGGGCAAGGCCAGCUAGAGCCGUCGCCAUGGAGACGCAUCACCAUCAUUUCAUCCACCGCUUCACCCAGUAGAGCAUCACUGUCGCCACGGCAACCACGUUUAAAAGGCUGAAGGACUCAGUGAAAACAUGAGCGACAAAAAUAUUAAAUAAAAAAAAAAUCUUUAGUUUAUUAUUAUUGUAAAAGUUUGAUCAAUAAACUGCUGAUCAGGAAGUGAUCAUGUGACCGGACCACCUAGCAACAGCUUAGCAACCAGCUGGAACGUAAACAACUUCCUUGCUGUUCUCUACUGUAGUGUUAGCCUAGCUUAGCACAAACACUGGAAGCGGAGGGAAACUGCUAGCGUAGCUCCACAGGUGUCACUUCCUGCCUUUAAACUAAAUGUUGUGGUCCCGUCGCCAUGGAGAUGCGGCGUCACUUCCUGUCCAGCAUGAGAGCAUGACAUCAUUAACCUGCUUGUGUUGAACUCUGACAGCUGAUUGGUCGCCCGUCACGUGUAUAUUGAUCCACUUUUUAUUUAUAUAAAGUUGUAAAAAUGAACGAAGGUAGAGUUAGAUCAAAUUAUAAGUCAUCAAUAAAUCAAUCAAUAAAUAUUCAGCUUUUUUAUUGAUUUGUGCACUUUGUGUUUUUGCUGCUGUUUGUUGAAACUUGAUGUAGAAAAAUAAAUAAGUUCAGUGUUUAAAUGA